AUCGCCUAAAUUAAACCCAAUCGCCACCACUCAGAUCUCAACCGCCCACUCAAAAUUUUUCGUCGUCUUCUUCGCGAAAAACUCUCAAAGAACUCGCAAGAACCCUAGACCUUUCUCUCUCAAAUUCUCACUCAAAUUUCUGAGAAAAUGAAGGUUGUCGGUGCAAAUGUCCACUUCCAGAAGUUAGAAGCCAAGUGCUCAUCACCGACAUUCUUUCAAAGCUAUCUGGAAAUGAUAGCCGCUCAAGAACUCUCCGAAUUUCUUCAAAUGGAGAUUCGCCUCAAAUUCGAGGAAGAAGUUCUUGAAUUCUACAGAAAUGGAGAGGUCAAAACUGCUCAUUCAAAGAAGAACCCACAGAGGACGUUUCCAGUCAUCAAGUCCACUGUUGGAGGUACAAAAGUGAAGCUUUCGCAAAAUAAAUUGGGAGAAAAGCUUCGCCUUCCCAAUUCUGGAGUUGAAGUUGGGAAAUUUCCAGUCAAAAAUCUGGACUGGAACAUCAUUGGAAUCUCUGGGCAAGUUCCUUCUGGCCCAGCGAAGAAAGCAGAUCUAAACAACGAUUACAAGUUGGUUUUGGAACUGGUCAUCGCUUGCCUCAAGUGUGGAAGUGGAGGUCAUGCCGAUGACAUCACCCAGGAGAGAGCCUUCAUCAUCAACUCUCUCAUUACCAAAACUAAGGUAAACUGGGCUGCACACUUUUUCAAAUCCAUUUCAAAACAUCUAGGAAAGCACAAUCAGAAGUAUCUCUGCCAAGGUCUGUAUAUUGGACAUAUUUUGGAAUCUAUGGGCGCUGCAGUUAAAGGGAAAAAGUAUGAAGCCAGAUACUGGCUAUACUACUUAUCCUCCAAAGGAGAAAACAGAGCUAGUGCUAGUGCCACUGCAGAAGAAAGCUCAUCAGACAAUGUUCCACUCAUCAAUUUCGCAAAUACUGCCAAGAGAAAGCAUGUGGUGUCUCCCUCUCCAAGUGUUGAAACACCACAGAACCUUGCUUUGAUCUGUUUGGAAGAGGAAGAAGAAGUCUCUGACCAUGGAGAACUUCAAAGGAAGAAGAAGAGGAAGAUCAACUCUCCAUCAACAUCUGGAAAUGUCAAUCCGGAUGAGUUAAAGGAGAAGGAACCUGCUGAGGAAACCUCUGCUCAAAACCGGAGCCCUCAACAACUUGAAGAAGAAAUCCCUCAAAAUGAGAAGAUCAUCAAGAAGUGCUUAGGAAUACCAGUCAACCACAACUGUGAACAAAUUUUGGAUGACUACUGGGUAUGGCAAAGGAAUCCUGAAGACUUGCAUCUGGAAUACCUGGCCAACACACCAGUUUCAGACUUUGAAGCAGAUGAUGAAGAUCCUGUAGAAGAGAAGGCAACCUCUCCCCCACAAGAACAGAACCAGGAAACAACAGAAGAAGAAGAAUUUCAGCAAUUAAUCCAAUCUCAAGUUUUGGAGAUUCUCACCACUCCUUGUGAGAUCUCCAAUCCUACUGAAAUUGAGAUCCCGGAGAAGUCAGCAGAAAUUUCGGAACAGUCAGCUCUUCGAGAAACAAUGGAGCAAGCUGUUGAAGCACAAAGGAAUUCUGGAGAAGCUGAAAAGGAAACUCAAAUGGCAGAACUAGAGGUCUCUCAAACUCCAGUAGCCAUUUUUGAAGAACAGAAUGCAGCUGAAGAAAGAGACUCCCUCUCUAGGGAUAUAUCAAAUUUUGCGCUUGAUGAAGGAGAAGGAGAGUCUGAAAGAACACUGAAGGUUACUGAUGAAGAAGAUGUACAAGAAGAUGCUAAAUCUCUUCCUAUGCAACUCUUCCAAAGAACACCAUCCUCUCAUCAGGUAACCAAUUUUCAUUUCCAUAGCUCUUCCACCCCUACACUUCCGGAUGAGAUACCGGAAAUCUGGACAAAGAAGGUCCAAGGGCUGAUUGAAUCAGCCCUAGCAUCUCAACAUGCCUCCUUUAGGCAAGAGAUAGAGCAAAUGGAAGUCAGAUCUAUCAAACGCAACGCCAACCGCUCUGCCAAGCAGAAUCUGCUGAAGCUGAAAACGGUCAAUGGCGGAAGAGAUCACAAAAUCUCAAGACAAGACUUGGUUUAGGAAUUAUUGUAAUUUGAAUUGUAUUUGUUUAAGAGUUUUUGUUAACAAGCUGUAUAUUAUGAGAAACUAAAAGAAAGUUACAAAAUUAGUUCUCAGUACAGCGACCGGAACUCUUAAACACUUGUUUGUCAUCAUCAAAAAGGGGGAAAUUGUUGGGAAAAAUAUCAUAGAUUUUGAUGAUGAUGUAUUUAGAAUGUAAUAGGGACUUUAGGUCUCCCCCAAUAUUCAAUGUAAUUUUUCUUUUUAGAAAUAUUGUUAAAACCAAGUUCUUGAGAUUUCCAAUAAGGUUAUGAUAUUUCU